ACAUGACAUGGCGGCUGGCCCGCCUUCAGUGGGAGCUCAAGAGUCGUCCUGAUCGCUGCUGUCUGCCUUGCUGCGAUUUCACCCACCCACGACAGCAGCAUGACACAACCAGGUCUUUGUGGACGUUAACCCUCCACCACAGACGCACCACCGAGGCCAAGAGGCGAGAGAGACGGCUUCUCCGAGACAUCAAUGUUGCACUCGCUGACCUCCUGCCUGUCACACCUGUGAGUUUGGGAGACGCAACGCAGACAUGAUGUCCUCCAGUGAUGACGUUCGAGGAGAAGGGUCUCUGCUCUCUGAUCAGAACCCAUCCGAACUGGAUGCUCUGUGUCCUUCCCCUCCAGGACCGUCCAGACCACAGCGCGACUAUGAGAGGAUCGGAACACAGACCGGAACCUCUUUUUGCCAGACCCUGAUCCACCUGCUGAAGGGGAACAUCGGUACCGGGCUGCUGGGUCUGCCCUUGGCUGUCAAGAAUGCAGGGCUUGUGCUGGGACCGGUCAGCCUGCUGUGCAUGGGCGUCAUCGCAGUGCACUGCAUGAGGGUGCUGGUCGACUGCUCUCACCACCUCAGUGCAAAGAUGAACAGACAGUCUCUGACGUACGGGGAGGCGGUCCAGUACGGCAUGGAAAACGUCUCGUGGCUCAGGAGACACUCGCAGUGGGGAAGGCGGACCGUGAACUUGUUUCUUAUCAUCACCCAGCUGGGCUUCUGCUGCGUCUACUUUGUCUUCCUUAGCGACAAUGUCAAGCAGGUGGUGGAAGCAGCCAACGCCACCACCUUCAGCUGUCAGAUCAACAACACCAACCAGACCCAGAUCAUGGUCCCCAGCUUUGACUCCCGCCUCUACAUGCUCUGUUUCUUGCCCGCAUUCAUCCUGCUGGUCUUCACCCCCAACCUGAAGUACCUGGCGCCCCUCUCGCUCAUCGCUAACCUGGUCAUGGCUGCCAGUCUGGUCCUCAUCUACUUCUACUCCAUCAUGCACAUCCAACACCCCAUCAACCUGCCAAGCGUGGGCCGGGCCAAAGACUACCCGCUCUUCUUCGGGACGGCCAUCUUUGCCUUUGAAGGGAUCGGAGUGGUUCUCCCACUGGAGAACAAGAUGCAGAGGCCUCAGAGUUUCCGCCUGGUUCUGUAUUUGGGAAUGGGCAUCGUCACCUUCCUCUACAUCAGCCUGGGCACCAUUGGAUACAUGUGCUUUGGCGCCGACAUCGGCGGCAGCAUCACUCUCAACCUGCCCAACUGCUGGACCUACCAGGGCGUCAAGCUGCUCUACUGCUUUGGCAUCUUCAUCACAUUCGCCCUGCAGUUCUACGUUCCUGCUGAGAUUCUCAUCCCGCCAGUCGUGGCUCAGGUGUCCGAGAGGUGGGAGACGGCAGUGGACCUGCUGCUCCGCACCACCUUGGUUGUAUUCACAUUACAUCAUGUCAAGACUGUGACAGAACCGGCAGAUGGAUAAGUUGAAUGAAAAUUGAAAUGUUCCUCUUCAGACAGUACGCACUCCGUAGAGGAAGAAAGCUUAUUUCAAUCACAUUUUAUCUGCGACUUUCUGAAUUGUGAAAUACAUUAUUUAUGACAUGUGAUCCUGCGCCAUACCUUAAAAAACAGCAAAGACGAAUAAAUGAAAUAUGGUCCAGUAGACUGUCAUGAAUGGAAGUGUUCUUUCUGUUUAUUCCGUGAUGCCUCUUUUGGAAGGCUCUUAUGGGCAAACAGAUUAGUGGGACGUAAAGGACGCUCGUCCUCAUUUCCCCAGUCAUGUUCAGUGUGGAUAUGAAGUGUCCUCCAGUGGCCUCUCUGCAGCGUGUUACUGGAGCUUUGUCCUCCUCUUCAAUGUACUUUUUUCAGUUGAAUGUGCUUGUUGUGUGACAUAGAACAUGUCUAAUCAUAUCGAUAGGCUCACAAAUAAGCUCCUCACACUUGGCCUGUCUCCCUCCCUCUGUAACUGGGUGUUUAACUUUCUAACAGGCAGGCCCCAGUCAGUCAGAGUCCACAAUCGCACAUCCAGCUCAAGAAUUGUGAGCACUGGGACCCCACAGGGGUGUGUGCUGAGUCCGCUCCUCUACACGCUCUUCACCUACGAUUGCGUGUCCUCCCAGAACAACACCAGCAUCAUUAAAUUUGCAGAUGACAUUACAGUCAUCGGCCUGAUCACAGGUGGUGUUGAAACAUCAUACAGAAGAGAGGUGGCGGACCUCAUAGCUUGGUGUCGUGAUAACAAUCUCCUUCUCAAUACAGAUAAGACUAAAGAGAUGAUCAUCGACCCAAGAACAAGGGAAAAGAAGCCGCAUAGACCCCUGUUUAUUGAUGAGACUGAGGUGGAGAGGGUGUUAUUUAUUUGUAUUAUUUAUUGUAUUAAUGUCUCUUCUGUUUUUGUUGCUUAAUUUAUUGGUAUAUAUGUUUAUGUGUUUAUGUUUCUUAUGUUCUUAUUCUUUCUUGUGUUUUCUUUUUUUUGUUGGGAGAAUGAACAGAAUAAGAUUUUCAUUGCAUAGUAUAACUGCUGUUUUACCAUGCACAUGACAAUAAAACUCUCUUGAAUCUUUAGGUGCUCCAUGAGCGAUAGCCUGUCGCAGGCCGAACUAAAAAGAAUCGAGAGCUCCGAAAAUUAUCACUUUUUAUUGUCCCACUGGGGGGAAAUUCUCAGUGAUGACACACUGGGACAUUGGUGUCCUUCUCAAGGAUACGUUGACUGUAAUGACAAGGGGCAGGGCAUCAAAGCUCUGUCACGACACCUCCUGUAUAAAUGAUGGUAGACAAAUUGUCUUUACAUAUCCUUGCUGUCCAAUGAAAACCGAGUUUGUCACAUGAAGGUUUUUUUGUUUAUUACCCAAGGAUGUCAAUACUUGUUCAUUAUUAAAGAUGGAAGGAAAGGAUCGCUGGGAGUGGAUCACGAAGCAAUCCAGGAACAUAUAUAAGUUGUUCUGGAGUGUAAGUCGCAGGACCCACCAACCUGUGAACCAAGUGUCAGAAAAUACGGCAUAUAACUUGUUAGCAUAUGUACACAUGUUGCUUUACAAAAUAUCAGAGUGGCAGAGUUGCAUCUUUUCAUUUUUCACUACAGUAUGUGGGAAACGCUUGGACACCCCUGCUUUAUGUAACACACAAAUAAAUGUAGGUUGUAGAUUAACCAGUGACUUAUUGCUAAUGAUCAAAGUAAGUGUAUAGUUUGAUCUUGUGGACAUUUUUGCUGGUGAGAUGAAUAAAGAAUGGCUUAUUGUCAGAGGUUAUGUUGUUGCUGUAUUGUUCCUGUGUGUGUCUUAAAAGCAGCUGUUCAUAACGAUGGGAAAGCAAUUAGUGUCCUGAUCUAUGUCGUGAUUGUGGUCGAUUGUUGAUGAUUUUCUUCAGUCAGACUGCAUGGAUAAAAUGAAUGAUGGUCAGGUUUUUUCUUCACUGUGUUGCGAGUGAACAAAAUGAACGUACGUACGUAUUUGAUGGGCGGCCGACGAAGAUGAAAACAUGGCGUAAUUUGACAUUAAAAGAAUUUAUUGGUUGUUUUGCCAUGCGCGCAGUAAAAGCAGGAGACUUGUUUUGUCAAAAAGUUGGCAUAAAGUGGACUUGCAUGGUUGUCUUCAGAACAGCGCUGAUAUCAGUCCUGGCAUCUGAGCAGCCAUCAUGUGGUCGCAUCGUGUCCGACUCUUGUCCAAGAGCAUGAUUGCUGACAAAGAACAUGUCGUAUUUAGUCCAAUUGCUGUCAAGUGUCCAUGAAUAACCAAAUCCUCACCAAAAGCCAACAUUGAUGCUUUCAGCGGCAGCCAGCAAUUUUCUGACAUUUUUGUUUUUGGUUUUUCCAUCCACUGAAUGCCAGCUCCACAUAUUCCAGCAGAUGACAGGGCUGCUAAAAAGCUUUUGUGAUAACAUUUUUUUUUUUUAGAAAUGCUUCAUGGGUUGAUUGGCAGUUCAAUAUACUGAGCUGUCAAUUAUAGUCUUGCGUAUGAAAGUCUCCUUUUGCUUCUGACCUUCCAACUAAACACUCAGGCCACUAGAAGCAUUGGCAGAAUGAUAAAAUUGCUAUUUUCUUCCUAUGUCGCCAUAGUGUUUGUGAAAGUCGAGAUUGGACUGAAAAAUGCUGCUUCGGUUCCACUCUGGUAUCAAUUCCAGCAUCUGGUGUACUUUGUACUGUGUACUGUAAACCUGUUAGACAGCAACAAUGGCUUUCAACAAUCGAGGAAGAAUUGAGUCUCUAGUGUGAAACUUGACACUCGCAUUUCAGCUUUCCAUUAUUGGCUUUCACACACCCGCCUCUGGUACGCCUGUGAUGCUAUACCUCGGAAGCUGGCACAUUUGUUGUGGAUUUCCACUGCCUGUUCUGUGUCGAACAGCAAAGAUUCCCAACGUUAAUUGGCGCCGUGAAAGGGGCUGAUGUUUGCAUAAGCAUUGUCGACAGUAGGGUUGUGAAGGAUAAACCGAUGCGACCUGAUAUACAGUUUGACAAGCAAGAGAUAUGGCUGCAUCGGUAGCAGCCUCCUGGAUGGAGAACAAUCAACCAUAAAUCCUUCGAUGAAUGGAUUGUAGACACAAGACUAGCAUCCGCUUGAGUCUCUUAGACAACGCGAGAGCCUGGGCUGCCGGCGUAACGAUUGUCGCUCAUGCUCCAUAGCUUAGCAUGACUGAAGACCAGAAUGGAUGUAAAUAAGCACAGCACCAACAUUACAGCCAUCUAAUUGAGCUAAUUUAUGAUGUAUUGUGUAAAACUAAGACAGGAACAACAUCAAAUGAAAAGCAGUAAAUGAAUACAGACCCACCAUCCACCAGUACCAGCCUGGACUUGUUUUUCAGAGAGGUUGUGUAGUGAACAAAUAUGCACAUGAGAGAGAAGAUUAUAUGUCGCUGUUUGCUAGCAUGAAUUAACUUGAGGUUGUGCUCAAAUCCAACAAACAAAAAUGCACAUGAGCACUCAUUAAGGUCAUCAAAUCUUCCCUUUAUGAAUUUCCACAUAGUACCAGCAUUUGGAAGCAAAUAUGAGGUGUAAAAAAAAGGAAAAAUACAGUAGAGUGGUUAACAUCCGCCCUGGUUAGCGCGUUUUUUGGUUAAUAUCCAACAUUUUUGCAAACAUUUUGCCUUGGCUUGCAUUUGCCCGCUUGUUCAGCAUCUAAAAUUCCCUCCAGUUUGUUUACGCCGCCAUCUUGGAUCAUGCCCCAAAGACGAAAUCUUGUGACACUUGCACGUGAUUGCGUAAUGCGUUGUGGGCCACGGGCGGCAUUUCAGGACAACAGUAGAGAGAUACACAACUUAAUAAACACAUGGUCCGCACAAAAGAGAAAGGAUGGACCGUACCGAGACAAGGGUGCAAACCUCUCAAUUUUAUGGCUUAAGGGGAGGACCGUGGUCAUUUCAGAGGUAUGUAAAUGUGAUGGGAGUGGCUCCGUCAUCGGCUGCGUGCACACACAUCCAUGCUUACACAUCUACUCUGGUUCCCGUGUAACAGUCUAUCGACCCGGCGGAGCAUGGCGGGUGAUCAUUCAUCUGCAAUUUCCAGCAGCUGAUCUUCUUCAAGCACGGACUGGGUUGGCUCACCUGGUUGGUUCACAUAUGGGUGAUGAGUCCAUUUCAAAGCUGACUUCAGGGUGUUUUGUGUUUGGGAAGAAGUGCUGGAGCUCUUUUAAAAGCAGAGACAGUUGUUUGUGCACGGCUCUCCAAUGACAUUAGUUUGUUUACUCAUUUUAACGAGCUUGUAGGCUUAUUUUGUAUACUAUAUCACAAGUGUUUUGACAUGUGCAGGGGCACAGGCGGAUGCAUCCCAUUUUCAAAAUAAAACUUUUUUGGUUGUCUAUAAUGGCUGGCCUGACCUUUGCACAUAACUGCUCUAGAUAAUACAAACAAUGUUCCUGACGUUGGAUUGUGUGUACAAAUGAUUGCGUUUCCACUCUAAUCUGAUGCGAAGUUUUCCAUCUUUUCCAGGAAUCUUGAUUACUCGCUCCGUCGACUGCGUUCUGUUUUUCCCAAGGUGUGUGUCAAUUAUUUCAAAAUCCUCGUUUCAAAAGAGAUUUAUAUGGAUUUAUUCAUGAAAGCAGACAAAACAAGUGGCAAACAUCUUUAUCAUCCUUCUGCUCGCAGCCAUACAGUAUAAUUUGGAGCAAUCAUAAGCCACAAUUGUGUUUGCAUCACGAGGUAAACAGUCCUCUGUUCUUGACAUGCUGAUCUUUUUGCGACCGGGACAUGUGUUUGCGCAACAUUGUUCGUCCUUUCUGCUGGUGCUCGUUAUGAUGGCGUAUGAAAUGUUGGCAGCUGUUCCUGGCGAGAUAGCAGUUAUUAGCUGUGUUAUAUGCUCCAUCUGCACGCGCUGCUAAAACUACCAUAUGGACAGCCAUGUUCUCAUUUUUACUCAACAUGUCAUUUGAGCUCUUGGUCUCUUCUGAUGGGCGCUUCUGUUUUCCAAUUUGGUGUAUUUGUACUGAUGAGAGUGUAAUAAUGUGUUCACACGCCCAAGGUAUAUGUCAUUUCCCAAUGUCAAUAUCCCUGCUUUGGAUCUUUGGAUUUACCCCCAUCGCUUAUAAAUAAUAAUCCUAUUAUUUCAAAAGUCUUAGGAGUCACAUUGGUAGAUCUCAUUCCUAUUUUAUCUUUAUCUGCAUAUGAAAGAGGCCCGUGUGGUGUAAAUCCAGCCUCUAAUUGUCUUCUCCCAGUGUGUCCUCGGUUGGGUAAUCAGUGGUAGAAGUGUUUCAUGUGAGCAAUCAUUGUAGCAAGAAAGCGGUUCUAACAACCCUGACGGUACAGCAAGACACGUGGAAAUAAUGUUGAAGGAUUCAAUCUGAAGCCUCGUGAGCUUCCUAGAGUGUUGAGGCAAUCACUUUGUGACAAAAACUUCACUCGCUCUGAGAACCAGCGCCUACGUUGCCUGAAAGGGAUUGAAUGAAAUGAAAUAAGCAAACAUCUCAGUGCAAAUUGAUUCUGCUCCGUGAACAAACUGGUUGAAUUAAUCCUCACAUACACCCGCAGGGAGAAGUUGUAAUGACUUGUGCUGUUAUCAUAGCUUUGCCCCUUCAAACAACCGUUGGACACGAUGAAUUGAACAGCGGUGUACCUUCUUGGUGCCGCUCACCUUACACUUUUUUGAUUGCAUAUUAACAAAUAUAAUUGUUGCAAACAGUGUGUAUAUGCGUUUGUAGCUCUGAAGUUUGAUGUGGAUUCCUUGACUUCCUUGGGCAGGAAGUCUCUGGAAAAAAUGUGACUCACCAAUUUCUUGCUUAGAGUUCAUAUAGUGAGUCUGGGUAAUUACACACAUGUUCAGGGCCAUGUGCUAAAGUUUGAAAGAAAUCACACUGUUUUUAUUAUUCUUCAUUGUCUUGUUCUGCUUUAACGAAACUUCCACUGGUGUUUCUGUCGUUUGUCAUGGGAGAUGCAGAAGCAGAGUUGAAGGAGGGCUUUCUGAAUAUAAGUGAGCUCAUUCAAUACCAAAGACAUAAUUAUACCUUUUUUUUAAACGUUCGCUCCCAAGGACGUAUUUGUACGAUUUUUACGUUUUUUUGCACGAGAGGCAAAAAGAGGUGAUGAUGCAAGUGUACAAUAAGAGAGGUGACUUUUCAAGCAGAUUUAAGCCAUAAAAAGUGCAUUUGAUAAGAGCAUGGAUCUUUUGCAUGUAUCAAAACAUGCGACAGCAAGGAGGAAGUCAGAGCGUGCAGAAGGUUACGCAUUGUAGGGAAAUUUUAACGAAUGCGCACGCACACACGUGUGCACACACACAGUUUAGUUCCAAAUGUGAAAAUUGUAAAUAGUUGAUGUGUUAUGUUUGUAAAUAAAUUGUUAUUUUGAUGUUUUUUGUGUUAUGUUGGUAUAGUUGUUUAGAUAUUUCAUCUGUCACAAAAGCAACAAAUAUUUGUGUCAAAGUGAAAGUUAUGUUUAAAAUGUGCCUUUUCACAAAAAGCUGCUUUUUUCCCUUCUAGCUGGGAACUGAUAUUUUCCUGAAACUUACCUAUGUUCUACUGCUGAUUACUGAAGAAUGGAAAAGGUACAAACAAAGUUGUUUUUUUUCUGAUGAAAGACAAGAGUCUAGUCUUUGUUUUGGUAGGUUCAGGUUUAUACUGUAUCGCCAUACAACACAAUAUUCAGUGUGCCUUGAAAGAUCAGUCAAAAUGGUUUAAAAUGGCCACUACUGGAGGGGUUGAAUUUUGAAAAAUGUCUGCGAUUGAAGAGUUAAUAGACAACCCAUCCAUGCAUCUUCCCAUAAAGGUUGGGUGGCGGGGGCAGCAGCCUAAGCAGGGAAGCCCAAACUUCCCUCUCGUCCAGCUCCACCAAGGUGUUCCCAGGCCAGAUGAGAGACAUAGGGGUAUCCACACGGAAAACUUUUCCGGUGAAAACUCAAAGUAUUUUAUUGUUUCAGCCUCUCAACCACACGGGAACGGCACUGUGGGUGAAACGGUAUAUUUGGAAAACGGUUUCCAGAGUGGGAAAAUCUGAAAACAGCCGCUUCCGUGUAGACAGGCAAUACGAGAACGAUGACGUCACCGACCCACCGCCGCCUCGUCACUGUCACGUGACCAGAAGUACGCUUCAUGACAAGCUAACAUAAUAUCUGAAUAUUUCGACGGACAUGACUCACCUCAGUCGACAGUCUCCUGAUAUUUUGUUGUCUUCUACUGCAUCAUGACUCCCAGAAGUAAUUCCACUUCUCAUAAGUCUAAUGUGCCUUGGAAAGCUGAAGACGACUGAUGCGCAUGCGUUCUUUCUUCUAUGGUGUGGAGUGCCACAUGGUUCCGUCUGCGUGCCUGUUCACAGCGCCACACGUAGGCGUGUCUUGUGUAUUACAUAGUUUUCACUCAGUGAUGUCUUCCCACAGUGAUGUGAAUGAUAGAUGCCACCGGCGAGGCUCGGUAGUGGUGUUGCCCAUCAGGGGGUAGAACCAGGGCUGUUGAGCCAACUCGGCCCUGCAUGCGAGGCUCGCUGGGAGACGGGGAGAUGGAGGAAGAAGUGUUGAUCGUCAUGCUAAAAAAGGAAUAGUUUGUAUCGCUGGAACCUUGUUGAGCCAUAUUUUCUCAACGUGUUUAUACAAAGGAAGGGAUUUAAAGUCUGGGAUAUCUUUGAUUAAAUAUGACAGAGGAGCAUUGAAUCCUUUGGCUUCCAUGUUUGCUGCUCUGCUGCAGCUGACAUGAGGAAGAGCUAACAGCCGAAUGCAUUUUACUUUCCUUUCCACAAACUAGUUUCUUCCACUUGCUGCUGAGCUGGCUUCAUGCUGAGCGUGUGCACCCCAGGCUAGCUAGCAUUAGCAUACGUAGACGGUGGUUGGGCAUCUACAGGGAAGCAGGAAUUAUGCAGCCCACCCUCACCGCCACCCCCCACUGCCCAUUACUAAUGAGCUACCGUCUGCUGUGAGGCUGUUCAGCUCACCUUGGGUGUGCCCGAUGAAAGCUGAUCCCCGAGUGACCGAGCGACCUGGGAAGCGAAGAAGAUAGACCGGCUCUGAAUAGAACGUGCUUGACUAAAAACCUCCUCAACAAUCUUUGAUCCCACCUAAGAAGGUCCCCUGCUGAUGACUGCAGCUUUUUCUCCAUAGAGGAAAUUGACACCACCUGCCUGAGGACCCCCCCAUAGUGAACUUGAAAGUAAUGGUUUCAUUGUUGAAGGCACUUCCUUGUCUCUGAGGCUGUCCUUUAUUGUUCCCUCACUUGUGGUGUGUUGAUGCUAACAGGUUAGUUUUACUUUAAGAUGUCAGCGAUUUAAUAAAUCCAUUUUAUUGUGUUAAGACAUGUCUGAGAGCCAGACGCACUCAACAGGCCUACAGGCUCCCGAGCCAUAGGUUCCCUACCCCUUCCAGCCCUUGGUUACCAGUAAUUGAAGGCUGCAGGAGAUCAGGUGUGCAGAUGUUUCUGUGGGAGAAUGAAUGAGUCUUUUGUCAAGACGCUGUGGCGCUGCUGAAUGAGUCAUCCUCUACGCUGAGCACAGUCAUCUCAAUGGGAUUUACUAAAUAUCACAGCAGAUCAAGUGUUUUCAGAAAUCUUUGACGAGACCUUUAAUUACGGCCGCUAGGCACGUAAGUGAAGACAUGCUGCCUUUUCCACACUUGACACCUUUAACCUUGCAAUAAUCUAACUUGCCUCAUCUCCCAUUUAGGUAAGUGUUUUGUGUGUGUGUGUGUGUGCGUGUGUGUGCACGCGCGCGCGUGCGUGCGUGCGUGUGUGCGUGUUCUCAGCCCACCAACCAAACAACAAAAUACUUGGGUAUUUCUUGACUUUGUUGUUCUUUUGACAUUUAAUGUGCCACGAGUUAAUAUGCAAAUUAUGCUUUUCUUGCUGGUGAUAUUUCAAGUCCUUGGUGCGGUUCUAUCCCAGGCAUAUUUGAACCCAUUCAUCUUCUGCUUUUCCAGCCUAUUGCCCAGCUAAAAAAGGUGUGUUUUGGCAGGGAAAUUGAUUUCAAGUGGUUUAAAUGUUUGUGAUGAUGAGCACAUUCUGGCUUGUAGGACCGCCACUCAUUGGAAAUUGGCUGUGCAGUGGCAGUUGUAAGGUGGUGGGAGUAGUGGUCCAGCACCCCCCUGGCGUUUAUACGGGCGCAUCUUGCUUUUGAGUAAUGGUGGUCUAUAAAACACCUGUAAAACAACCUGACUUUUUGACUUGGCAGCAGAUUGUGGCUGCUGUUGAUCUUUGUCAUCAUUUUGUCAGCCAUGUGUGGCCCAUUGAAUGAUGUUCCCCCAGGAGCAAUGAAACGGUUUUAAAGCAAAGUCUUUUAUAAAAACACAGCAAACAAAGUUUAACUGGGACGUAAAGUGACAGAAAUGAAUGUCAUCCAAGAGUUGGACAUUCAAAUCGCCAUCCGUGCUUUGAUGGCUGAUUUCGGGGGUGUUACAGCACAUGGAUUCAUAAUCGGAUUUUUUGGGUUCGGCACAGAGGUGGAUUGAUUUCCCUUUCACACAUUAAAAGUAAGGGACGUUUAGCAUGGAAGUGGCGGGAUCCUUGUUGCCAAAUUAGCGCUUAUGUUAAGCGAGUAUUCAGACCCCUCCUGUUAUGUCUGAAAAAAGCAACUCUUCUGGUCUUGUUGGACACUAACUGGACUAACAGCAAAGAAUGUAGCGCUCUUCUCAACGAGCAGCGGGUGCCAAUAUCAACACCUGAUUUUGCUGUGAAAACUUUGACAAUCAUCUGAUCCACACGUGAAGUAGACCGGGGGUGUCCAAAGGUUUUUCCCAUGAGGGCCACAUAGUGAAUAUAUUUAAUAAAGAAAAUCUUACAACUUUUAUUUUGUUUUGUUUAUUUCUCAUAAAAUUCAGACUUUAAAAAAGUCAUUUCUUAUGUUUUAGCUUUAUGCUACUAAAAUGGCAUACUUUUCGUCAUAUUACAAGUUUAUUCUCAUAAUCUUAUAUACUAGAACUAUUUCAACACUUUUCUUGUAAAUUUUCUUCUUAUAAUUCUGACUUUAUUCCCAUAAUAUUUUUACUUUA